AUGACUGCUCUGGCUGCGCCCAUGAUGAACGGUCAUGAGUCUGGGGCGGAAAAUGGGACAGAGCACAGCCCGAACCGCUUCACGGCUGUCAAUGGCAGGGAAUCAGCUCCUGCAAAUGGUACAGCGUACCCAGGGGACCGUGGAGGGGCGGAGAAAUCUGGCUCAGAUGCCAGCCAACGGCAAGAAACACGGGCAAAUUUCACCAACGAGCAAGAGCAAGGAAGAGCGUCUCCCAGAUCCUCAUCUCCCAAUUCUCACCAUAAGAAUAAGAGAAAGAGGUCUGAAUCACGGGAUCAGGACUCUUCAAACCCUGAUGGAAUGAACGCCUCUCCAGUGAACCGUUCGGCCGAAAUUCACCAGUCUAACCAAAGUGGCAGUACGGCGGGGUCUGUGGUAGAGAUGGAGCGUGGAAACCACUCUGCGACGCCGUCUCACCGGUCUGACGGCAACGACAUGCCCCAGACAUCUGCCAAUAGUCCCUGGUCCGAAUAUGACACACAACUCAUCACUCAAGCCCAACGAGCACAGCAAAUGGACCCAUCGGAUGCUCACUUGGCAGAUGCCUUACAACGCGAGGCGGGCCAAGAACGACCGGGGGCCAACCGCUCGACCCCUGGCGCCCAGCAAGCGUCUUCUCCUGGUUAUGGCCCAGAUCGACAUGGGGCGCUACAGGUCGCUCCUAAAAGAAAGCGAGUGUUUAGUAAUCGAACCAAAACGGGUUGUAUGACCUGCCGUCGCAGAAAGAAGAAGUGCGACGAGCAACAUCCAGCAUGCAACAACUGUAUCCGAGGCGGAUUUCUGUGCGAAGGCUAUUCUUCCCGAAGCACCUGGCAAAAACCAUCGAGUGCAAAGACCCCGGUUCCUUUGCAGUCUAAAGAAGGCUACUCGGAUAUGAACAGCCCGUACAUGCAAGAGACACCCCGCCACCCAGACCGACAGCCGAGCAUGCCAGAACACGUUGAGCCGAUUAAAAUAAGACCCAUUGGAACCGAAGACAACGAACGCCCUGUCCAACAAUACACCACCAGUCCAACAAUCACAGCAACAACCCCUGGAUGGUCAAAACAAGCCUGGCCCCCCGCAGGAGCCAGUCAUCCACCUUAUGCCGAGCCAGUCUCCAAGCCCAGCUAUCACGAGGUCCCCUCAAUCCGUGAACUGUCAAUAGACAGUCGCCACAAACCGGACUACCCAGGCAUCUCGUCAAUGCGAGAUAUCAGCCAUGCAUCUCACCCCAAAACCACGAUGCCCAUGUUCCAGGGCAGCGUCGAGCAACGAACAUUGCCUCCCGCAGCUAUGGAUACCCACAGUCCCCAGGCCCAGGCUCGACUGGCCUUGAGCAUGGAACAUCACAUAUCUGGUCGCUCAGCUCCCGCCCCAGCUCCUCCAAGCGAGGAGACAGAGAAGGAGAAAAUGCUGAAAGGAGGACUCUACCGACCCUUCGACGUCCACCUCGUAGAGGACCGGGACCGAUGCCGAGGCGCACUGUGGAGAUUCAACAAUGCCAGCAACCCACUCGCCGGCGUGAGUUCGAAAGAGCAGUCCCGCCUGCUAAAGGAAAUCAUCAUACCCCCCGCAAGCUCCGUUUCCAACUCACCCGUCAUGGGCGCAUCUCGCUCUGUCGGGUCUAUAGGCCAGGGUGUGAUUGUCGAGGCGCCAUUCAUGUGCCACUACGGAUACAAUAUUCACUUGGGAGAGGAUGUUAUGAUUUCGGAGAAUUGCCUGUUUGUGGAUGACUGUGUGAUCCGGGUCGGCGCGCACACGUGGAUCGGCCCAGGUGUCAAGGUGCUGAGCGCUUCAGCCAAUGGUACCAUGCAGGAGCGCAAGGGGUCGCAGAGUCGGUAUCAAGGCCGCCAGGUCACGAUCGAGGAAGAUUGUUAUGUGGGUGCUGGGGCUGUUAUCUACCCGGGUGUGCGUCUCAAUCGGGGCGUUUAUGUGGGCGCCGGAGAGAUUGUCAAAAAUGACAUUGUAGCGUAUGGGUUUCAGGGGCAGAAACCUACCUUUAUGUGA